AUGACAAACCUGAGGCCCACUACCAUCAGGCCUAGUGUGCUCCACCCACUUGAUAGUUUCAGCGAAGCCCAGGCUCAUGCGUUAGCCGGUGAAGUCCAGCCCAAUUUCAGAAACUCCUACCUUCACUCUCGCCGGCGGGUUUGGGUGUCGGUGUCGCGAAUUUUUUUCAUUCGUUCUUUCUCUGGAGCUGCAAAGAUCAAUUCAUCAAUGGCGUCGGAAGCCUACGCAUCGAGAAACCCUGAUCAAGUCCACACCGACGUUCUCCUUCAAGCCAGACAAGCUUGCUACAAGGCUCGCGAUGCUUUCUACGAUUGCGUGAAGAAUCAAUCGGACAAGAAGCCGACGGAACUCGGCUGCGUCGGGCUGCUCUACCCGGCGGAGUGCAAGAAAGCGAGGCUUGCCUACGAGAACAGCUGCCGGCCUUCUUGGGUGAAGCAUUUCGAUAGGCUGUAUUGUAAGGAGAAGAGGGUGCAGAGGCUACUGGAUGACAAGGAAACCAGGGGAGGUCCGUUGAUACUUCCACAGAAAGCUUAAUCAGUUAGUUCCUUUGUUACUUUGAAAUUGGAUCUUCUCGCCACUCGUAAGAUUUUGGGUUUCGGGGUUUAUGGCAAUGCAGGUUUGUUGUGUCCAAAUGCUGUGUUCUAUAACCUUGAUUAUACAUAGCCCAAUCCACAAAGAUGAGUUCUUCUGUUACAGAGUUUCCAUCUUUGACAUGGGUUCUAGGGUUGGGAAUUGGGAUUUAGCUUGUUUUACUUCUGAUAUGUUGGACAACAGAGAGAUGAUUGAAUUAGAUUCUAGUAGUUGGAAGAUUAAUGUAUGGAUUCCUUGGCUGGAUGGUUAAUGGUGCCUUCAUCAGCUCAAAUUUAUACCAUUUUCGCAGGGGUAUAGAGCUUGAGCUUGGUUCAAGAUCGCUAUGGUCAGUUUGGUUUCGGUACUCAGGUUGAAUUCUGGGACAGCAUGUUCUAAGUAAAAGAGUUUGCUGCUUGCUUACUUUGUGAGAUCAGAUUCUAUUAACCGUGUCUCUCACUGAGCUUUGCUCAAACCUAGAACAGUUUGUGGUGUAUGCAGUGGAACUAAAACUGAACCAUGUACCUGUGUAUGUGUGACUGUUAUUCUUAAUGAUUACGGCCUAUGUUCCCUAAAAGAGGGCUUCGUGACCCUUGUCGAAUCUACGCAUUUGUUGUCAUCAUCCAGUGGAACAGAAAGCAUAACAUGUACUGUUUGUUUCUUAACUGUUCCUAUACGGUUCGCACUUGUGCCUGAUCUGAUUACUUCUCAGUGUUUCACACAAUAGUUCUUAACAAACAGGAAUGAACUUAGAAGCUACAACUGCAGUUUGAACUUCAAAGUAGAACCUGACCUUGAACUUAUGAGUAGUACUGCAGCUUGUCUACAGGUA